AUGGCAGCCAAGCUAAGUGAACCAGACAAAAACUGGAGUGUCUUAGCUUUAGAUCGCGGUAGUCCACGUAAUUCUGCACAGAAUGAUACUUGGGAUGAAGAUCUAAGUGGUGUACAUGAUCCUAAUUAUUUUUCUGCGGCACAAGAUUAUCUUCUUGGACAUUUAGUGAGAAAUCCUCAAUAUUAUGGUAUCGGUGGAACAGCAAUGAUUAAUAGCAUGACCGCUGUUGCUCCAUCUCGAUACUUACUCGAUCAAUUAUGGCCAUUAGGAUGGAAAUGGAAUGAUUUAUUUCCUUACAUGAUGAAAAUGCAAGAUCACUAUUGUUAUUAUCUUCCAUCAUCAUUAACUGGGAUAUCCGAAGAAGAUUGUCGUAUGUGGCAUGGUCGAGAUGGUCUAGUAGAUAUUGCUCCACCUUUAUUUAAUCUUAUGCCUGAGUUAUUGCUUGAUAUGAUGAAAGCAUGUGAUAAAGAUAUUAGAUUUAUGUCAGAUUAUGAUAAUCAAACUCGACAAUAUGGUCGUUAUUUUCAACAACAAUUUCGUCAUCCCAUGAAUAGAACAAAUCCAAAUUCUCCGACUAUACGAGAGAGUAUAUGGAAUGCAUAUCUUAAUGUAGUUAAUCGAACAAAUUUACAAAUUUUGGAUUCAGCAACUGUCUUGAAGCUUUUAUUUGAUCAAACUGACCCAACAAAAUAUAUUGGUGUUUCGUAUGAAUACAAAGGAGAAGUACGUACAGCUAUUGCAAGAAAAGAAGUCAUUCUAUGUGCUGGUGUAUUUGAUACACCAAAACUUUUGAAAUUAUCUGGUGUUGGUCCUGAAACAUGGUUGGAACCAUUGGGUAUCAAAGUAUUAGCAAAGAAUGCAGAAGUAGGAAAAAAUUUUGCUGAUCAAAUGACUAUUUAUAUGGCUUUUGAAACUACUGAACAAGUGCCUGCAUUGCCAUGGGAUGCUGAUACUUGUGGAUGGUUAUUAAAUAGUGGAUUGAAGACAAGCAAUAUGAAUUGGACAGAUGUACAAAUUUAUUGCUAUUCAAGAUUUCCUGCAUUAACAUUGGAUUUUUCAAUAGUCGGUUAUGAUCCGAUUCUUGCUUAG